UCAUUCUGCGCGGAACACACAAUUGGUUCUAAAAUGUCCACUGAAUGUUGAUCUGAUUGAUCACCAAGAAUCAAAUCAAAAAAGAAUCUAAAUUUGAUAGAAUUGGAUCAAAAUCUGCGAUUUGACAAAUUCGCCAUGAGUUUCUCUGACCACAUUCCAUCCUUUAUGAUGUCACCACCGUCAUUUGCCACAAACACAGACGCCAUUGAAGUGAGGCUUCAAUUCCCAAUGAACAAUGAAACAUUGGAGCCACAUUCACCACAUGAUCAACCCCCUUCUUUCAAGAGGGCAAGGACUUGUGAUAUCAACCACUCCAAUGGCAUGGCAUGUCCUCCAAGGAUCAAUCAGCAUCCACAGAACAACACAGCCAACAAAGGAACAAGCCACAUUUUCUUCAAGACUCGCAUUUGUGCAAAGUUCAGACUUGGUGCUUGUAGGAACGGUGAGAAUUGCAACUUCGCACAUGGGGUUGAAGACAUGAGGCAGCCACCACCAAAUUGGCAAGAACUCGUUGGAUUGCGCAAUGAAGAAAGGCCGUCGUCUGGGAAUUGGGAUGAUGACCAGAAAAUCAUACACAGGAUGAAGCUAUGCAAGAAGUUUUACAAUGGGGAGGAUUGCCCCUAUGGUGAUAACUGUAGUUUUCUUCAUGAAGACCCUGCCAAGUUCAGGGAUGAUUCAGGGAGGUUCAGGGAGAGCACAGCUAUAAGCAUAGGAACUAAUGGAUCCCCAAAGUCCUAUGGUGAUGGCUGUGACAAUUUAGAUAGUAAUAGGGCUGUCAACACAGGCUUAAAUGUGUCUAGGGGGAAUGUAAAGUCUACUUAUUGGAAGACUAAACUGUGUAUUAAGUGGGAGACAACAGGAAACUGCCCCUUUGGAGAUGACUGUCACUUUGCUCAUGGACAAGCAGAGUUACAAGUUCCUGCUGGACGCAUUGAAGCAGAAACUGCAGGUGGGGCUGCAAGUUCAGUUAAAGCUACCGUUCCUUCGGUACCAAGAGCUACAUCAGUUUCUGCUAAUGAUGCCCCUCCUAGCUACAGAGCAAGUGUGCCUCCAGCAAAUGAAGAGGAGCAGGGUAAGAAGCAUUUACUGAAGUGGAAAGGACCCAAGAAAAUCAAUCGAAUUUAUGGUGAUUGGCUUGACGAUUUACCUCUUGCUCACAACUUGCCAAGUAGAGUGGAGAUCUGAGUUGAAAUUUGUGCUCUUGAAGACACUCAAAAAUUCGAUU